AUGCGCCUGUUAAACGUGCACACCUUACUAUUGGAGGAGUUUAACGAGAGCAAGGCUCCUCCCUAUGCCAUCCUUUCGCACACGUGGGGCGAAGGUGAAGUCACUUUUGAUGACAUCCAAGAUACCUCGGACAAGUACACAAAGAAAGCAGGCUAUGAGAAGAUUCAUAGUACCUGCAAACAAGCCAUCAGUGACAAACUCGAGUACGUCUGGAUUGACACCUGCUGUAUCGACAAAAGCAGCAGCGCCGAACUCUCGGAAUCGAUCAAUUCCAUGUUUCGCUGGUAUGAAAAGGCCGAGAUCUGCUACGCUUUCUUAGCUGAUGUACCGGAGAUCCCAUUCCGAAUGAGUCGCUGGUUCACCAGAGGGUGGACACUGCAAGAAUUGCUGGCACCGCGAAAGGUGGUCUUUUUCGGAGCUGACUGGUCGUUCAUUGGAACCCGGGCAGAACUAAAUGAGAAGAUCAGCGAAGCCACGGGAAUAGACAGAAUGUUUCUUUGUAACGGCGAAGCCAGAGAUCCGCAUGCUUUUGAUCAUGGUGAUGGUAAACAGCAUCCAUCACUUUCUAUCCAUAAAGCAAGUAUUGCGGCAAGGAUGAGUUGGGCAUCGUCCAGAGAGACUACGAGGCCGGAGGACAUGGCCUACUGUCUUUUUGGUCUGUUUGACGUCAACAUGCCCUUAAUCUACGGAGAAGGCCAGAAGGCUUUUCUCAGGCUACAAGAGGAGAUUAUAAAACGCUACAACGAUCAUUCGAUUUUUGCUUGGAUUAUACAAAACAAACUUGGUUCUGCCAAGAAACACGAUGACAGUGUGUCAAGGAGUGGAAUUCUAGCCCUUUCACCAGCUGCUUUCAGCGGUUGCGGAUCUAUUAUAUCCUUUCCAAUCAGUAGUCACAGCUCGCCGUUUAACGUCACGAACCAAGGGGUGCAAAUUAGGCUUCCAAUAUCUAAUGGUGACAAAUUCAGAUAA